AUGACUAAAUCAUAUGAUGUCGUGGUUGUAGGCGCCGGAUGGUUCGGUCUGGCCGCCGCAAAAGCCAUCAGACAAAUAAGCCCCCACGCCAAUCUCGCCGUCCUCGAGUCUGCCGAGUCAUGCGGUGGCACCUGGUCCAAGAACCGUCUCUAUCCCGGUCUCAAGUCCAACAACAUGAAGGGCACAUACGAAUUCCCCGACUUUCCCAUGGCUGAGAAGACAUACGGCGUCAAGCCCAACAGCCACAUCCCCGGAACAGUCCUCCACCGAUAUCUCACCGACUUUGCUAAGCACUACGACUUUCACGACCGAAUCCAGUUCAACACUUCUGUGAACUUGGUGGAGCGAAAUGGCGAUGCUGGCUGGAGAGUUAGUGUUACUUCCCCCGAGGGAACAGAAAGUAUCACUACCGAGAGAUUGGUGCUGGCUACUGGUCUUACAUCGACACCGAAUAUGCCCCAGUACAAGAACGCUGAGAAGUUCGGUGCUCCUCUCUUCCACGCCAAGGACUUCUGCAAAGAGGCUCCCAACCUGAACGUCAAGAAGGCCAUUGUCGUUGGUGGUGCUAAGUCUGCCUUUGAUGUUGCUUAUGCUCUGGUUCAAGAUGGCGCGACAGUCGACUUGGUUGUUCGUCCUACAGGAAACGGACCAGUUUGGAUUGCUCCUCCUUUCGUCACGCCUCUCAAGAAGCGACUUGAUCAGUUGUUGAACAUUCGAUGGAUGACUUGGUUCAGUCCCUGCCCUUGGGGUCAAGAAGACGGUUUCCCUACUGUGCGAAACUUCCUCCAUGGAACUUCUGUCGGCCGAUUCCUCGUUAGCAACUUCUGGAAGGCCCUUAGCAACGAUGUAACUGGUGCUAUUGGUUACGACUCUCAUCCCGAGCUUGCGAAGCUCAAACCUUGGCACUCUGCCUUCUGGAUCGGUAGUGGACUUAGUAUUCUGAAUUACGACAGCCCUCUGUUUGAUCUUGUUAAGCAGGGCAAGAUCAGAGUCCACAUCGAUGACAUUGAGUCAUUGGAGCCUAACCGAGCUGUCCUUGCUUCCGGUAAUGUUAUCGACACCGAUGCUAUUAUCUGCUCAACUGGCUGGAAGAAGGAGUCUACUAUCAAGUUCGCAGAAGAUGAGCUUGGUCUUCCCUACUCGACCGAGAAGAAGCGCUCUUUGGCCCAAGCCGCCGACGAGAAGGUCCUCUCUCUCUACCCCGGCCUCAAGAACCAACCAGAACUCAACGUCAAGCCCAAGGAAGCCAACCCUCUUCGCUACUACCGCUUCAUGAUUCCCUCCGGCAUGGUCAAGACCCGUGACUUGGCUUUCGCCGGCAUGAUUUCCUCCGUCAGCACAGCUACAUGCGCAACCAUCCAAGGCCACUGGAUCGCUGCUUUCCUCGCCGGCAAGAUCGAUCGCAUUCCUACAUCCGACAAGGAGAUUACUGAUGAGAUUAUGCUUCACACCCAAUGGGGCAAGUGGCGAUACCCUUGUGGUUACGGUGCUGAUCUUCCUGAUCUUGUAUUCGAGGGUCUGCCUUAUUGCAACAUGCUUAUGAAGGAUAUGGGACUUGAGACACAUCGCAAGGGAAGCCGCUUCCAGGAACUUACUUCGCCUUAUCUCCCUGCUGAUUUCAAGGGAUUGGUUGAGGAGUGGAAGGAGAAGCACGAGGCUACUGAAGAGAUUAACGGUGUCGAGGUUGGGCAACUUGCUGGUUCGCUGAAGAAGGCGUAA